GAGGUACGCUAUAAAUCGCUCGCACGGGGUUUCGGUGACUGUGUGCGUAAUACAGCUGUUUAUUGGCUCUUAUGCACUUUGCCUCACUUAAAUCUCAACAGUUGAUAUGUAAACGUGCGUGAUAUCAUAACAACUUUGAGAUUUGAAACACAGUUUCCUUCACGCAUGAUGCGCGUAAAAGAUGUCGCUCUCGUUUUGAUUUUCGCCUGCGUCGCGCAGCAGGUUUUACAAGUGGACAGUGUGAAAGAUACACCAAGGCGGGGGAGAGCACAGUCCGGUAAAGGGGAGAGAAGAAGAGGUCAGAAGAAUGAAACCGGUCCCGAAGCAUCUGGUGACACAGUGGUAAGAGGGAGAUUUUCCACGAUGGACAAAGCGCAGUGCACGUGGGCCGCGGCAAGUGAGGGUGACAGGUUUCUUUUGGGAGUCACCUGUGCAAACGAGGGAAAAGAUUUCGAGUGCAAGUAUGUGGCGAAGCCCACCACUUGUCAGCAAUACUCAUCCAACUCCAAAGCGUACUGGAAGCAGAUCGGCCGUUCGUUGAAGAAGCUGAAAGGGUUGUGUCGCGACUAUGCAGCGCGGGUUAAAGCCGUGAUGUGCAGGAGAGCUCCGAAGGAAGCGCACUUCAGAUUGGUGCACACGCGUUCCUCAUCUGGAGUCCCGUCACCGCCGCCCGGUUCUCCGCCGUGUCCUGGUCGGGUCGAUAAGAUGAAACGGGCCGAGGAAUACUGCACCAGCUCCUGGUCUUCUCUGUGCACAUUUCUCUUCUUGAUGGUUGAGAGUGAUGAAUGCUCUUGAGUUGCAAUCUUUCAUGUAGAAUGUAGAAUUGAUGGCUGGCUGUAUACAUGAGAUAAGCCUAUACGUUUUAUAAUGUGUAUAGCCGAAUUCAUAUGUUUUUAUAGUUUGACAUGAUUAACUCGAUAAAUGUUACGUUUGAUUGGUUUCCUUGUCUUCCCUUGACAUCCAAUUGAUAAGUGUCAUAAACAAGUGUCUAUUUUUUGGAAUAAUCAUCAGAAUACAUUUAUGACUAUUGUCUAAAAGUUUAUGACAUUUUUCUCACAUGACUUUACUGAAACUUGUAAGAAAAUGUGUAAAUCGAUGUUAAAAUGAAAAAAAAAUGUUUUGUGAGGAGUUGUGUUCCUGAAAUCAGCUAUAAAAAGGA